AUGAUGAUGAUAUGCGUUGAAUUGAUUGACAUCCAGAUCGGUAGUGUGUUGUUGAGUCCAGUUAUUAUAUAAUAUUAUGGCGGAGGGAGUCCCAUCAUCGGUGUCGGUCACAGUCGCCCACGAACUUCUUCAAGCCGGCCACCGCUAUUUGGACGUCAGGACUCCAGAAGAGUUCAGCCAGGGACAUGCCUCUGGCGCUAUCAACGUUCCUUACUUGAACCGAGGAAAUUUCUUCUCUUUCUGGAUGUCAAAGAAUCCCAACUUCUUGGAACAAGUCUCCUCCCAUUUCGGUAAAGCUGAUGAAGUCGUUGUUGGUUGCCAGAGCGGGGGUAGAUCUUUGAAAGCCACGUCUGAGCUUCUUGCUGCUGGUUUCACCGGAGUCAGAGAUAUCUCCGGUGGCUACUCUGCCUGGACCCAGAAUGGUCUUCCUACACAAUACUGAUGAUGAUGACCCACCACUCACCACCAUAAUGUCUUUGUCUUUUUCUUUGAUAAUAAAUACAUCAGGAGUGCGUUUUCCAGAUGUAAAAUUAACCACUUUCUCUCUUCCAUUGUGUGCUUGCUCAUAUUACAGCUGUUGUACCCACAACUUAUGAGUGGGGUGUUGUGUUAAUUGCAUCGAUAUGUCCUAUUGUAUUUAUAUAUAUCAACAAAGAAUUGAGAAA